GCUGAAAAAGCAUGCACUUGGACCUCCUGUAUUUCAAGCCCAAUGAUAUUGUUUUCUUCUGGUGACGUCAAGUCGCAGACCUGAGUGCAGGAUCUGGGGUGUCUUCCGCCCUGGCGAGAACACGGCAUGGCUCCGAUGGGCAUUACGCGAGUGCCUCGUGGCAAUUGGCCGCCCCCUCGAGGCGAAGCGAUAAAAGCUGUCGAGGCGCCCUCGAGUUGAACAGAGUAUGUUAGCGAGUCUCUCUUAAUAAUCGAGUCUAAUCCUACUCCCCUUACACUACAACUUUAUGCUGCUAUCGUUUUAUAUAAUUGCCAGAUGAAGAUGAUGGGUUUCGUCCCUCGGGAUUUCCACGAUGUUCCUCUCAAAGAGACGAAAGCGGGCACCAUAGCGUCGAUCGUUCUCUCUUUGGCUUCCAUGGGUGCACUAUCAGUGUGUCUCACUCGACGCGUUCAAAAUGUACGAGACUGGUCCAGACUCCCUUUAGUCUGCUGGUUGGUUCUCAUCAUCUACGUUGACUCGAUUUGCUUUGUGGCAGGGACUGCAGUGCUUUCUAAUGGGUUUGGAGUCGACUCUUCCCAUAAAAUCUGCGAGCAAGCUUUGCUCUUGUGUUUAAGUUGUUACGUGACAACCAAAGUUUUGCUUUAUUACUUCCUGGUUGAGAGAGCAUACAUCAUCCGAAGGAGCUCGAAGCCGAGAUUCAAGGACAAGUUGUAUCUGUUCAACUCGUGUGGGAUGUUGAUCCCAUACUGCGUUGUCAUAGCGCUCAACUUUUACUUCCGGUUUGCCAAUUACGAAAAUGGCUCCUGUCGUAUUGGUAUGAAGCGAGUGGCAAUGAUCCCACUGAUAGCUUUUGAUGUUCUUGUUAAUCUCUCUACUCCUACAAGAACGAUCGAAACUCUCAGUCGGCGAACCAGGAUGGAUAUGCUUGAUGUGCUGCAACACCGACAUACUGUUCAGCGUCCUCGUCCUUCACUGGAUAACCUCCAAAGACAACGCCUCCACCAUCUCGUCCCAAAACGGCGAGCAAAUCCGCUCAAUUCAACCCACCCCAUCCCCAAAGCGCCUCGUUCCCCGGCCCCCUCUUUCCGAGAUCGCCGCCUACGAGCUCGGGCUGCGCGAAUGGCGGGAGGCAACAGGUGUCACGACCGUCGUGUCUGCGAAAGAACCAGACGACGAGUUGGCGUUGGACAGAAUAAGUACCAUUCCUCCGAAUGUGGUCACCAUCGAGACGGCACAUAUUAGGGAGGUUUCGCAUGUUAGGCCUGAUCGCAGGUCAAUACGGACUGAAUAAUUCGCAAUAAUGUGACUUGAUGUCCAGACUCUAUAUUUACGGUGCGUUGAUGUCGGCAUUAUAUUUGGUAGCCAAAACGCGGAUAUAAAUAUCUACAUCUCUCAUCCCAUCUGGCUCCUCGACUCUCCUUUCAAGGUCUUGAGAUUAGUAUGUAUCAUUGUCCCAGAAACCCUGAACAUUCAACUUGGAGAAUGUCAACUGGCUGAUGUGGUAAGGCCUUACAUGCAGGUGAGAGGCCUCUCAGUUCUCUGAGCAUCUUUGGCACAGACAGCAUUG